CGCUCCAGGCCCACCUCCGCUCAGCCCCGCCCAGCGCAGACCAGCGAGCCCGGUGCGAUGGAGGGCCGAGUGCAGCUGAUUAAGGCCCUCCUGGCCCUACCCCUCAGGCACCGGAGGCGUCGGUGGAGGAACCCGAUUCCCUUCCCCGAGACGUUCGACGGCGACACCGACCGGCUCCCGGAGUUUAUCGUGCAGACGGGCGCCUACAUGUUGGUGGACGACACCCUGUUCUCCAGCGAUGCCCUGAAGGUGACGUUCCUCAUCACCCGCCUCACGGGGCCUGCCCUGCAGUGGGUGAUCCCCUACAUCAGGAAGGAGAGCCCCCUGCUCAAUGAUUACCGGGGCUUCCUGGCCGAGAUGAAGCGGGUCUUUGGAUGGGUGGAGGACGAGGACUUCUAGGCCAGGAGACCCUCGGGCCUGGGGACAGGUGCUCGGGGG